AUGUCUGGUCUGCGCUCAGUCUUCUGCCUCCUCCUUCUCUUCAACUUGGCUGCCCCGGUGACCUUUCGCCACCACCACUACGAUGACCUCAUGCGGACGCUGUACAAGGUGCACAACGAAUGCCCCCACAUCACCCGCGUUUACAGCAUUGGCCGCAGUGUGGAAGGGAGACACCUCUAUGUGCUGGAAUUCAGCGACUAUCCUGGAAACCACGAACCCUUGGAACCAGAAGUCAAGUAUGUCGGCAACAUGCAUGGCAAUGAGGUGCUGGGCCGCGAGUUGCUACUGCAGCUGUCAGAGUUCCUGUGUGAGGAGUACCGCAAUGGGAACCAGCGCAUCAUCCGGCUCAUCGAGGACACUCGCAUUCACAUCCUGCCCUCGAUGAACCCAGAUGGCUACGAGGUGGCUGCCGCCCAGGGCCCAAGCAGUUCUGAGUAUCUGCUUGGCAGAAACAAUGCAAACGGCGUGGACCUGAACCGAAACUUCCCUGACCUCAACACCUACUUCUACUUCAAUGAGAAGUAUGGAGGCCCCAACCACCACCUGCCCCUCCCAGACAACUGGAAAAGUCAGGUGGAGGUGGAGACCCGGGCUGUGAUUCAGUGGCUACGUUCAUUCAACUUUGUUCUUUCUGCAAAUCUCCAUGGAGGAGCAGUCGUGGCCAACUAUCCUUAUGACAAAUCCCUUGAACAUCGCGUCCGUGGCUACCGCCAUACUACCAACACGCCCACCCCUGAUGACAAGCUUUUCCAAAAGUUGGCCAAAGUCUACUCUUACGCACAUGGAUGGAUGUACCAAGGUUGGAACUGUGGAGAUUAUUUUCCAGAUGGCAUCACCAAUGGGGCUUCCUGGUAUUCACUCAGCAAAGGAAUGCAAGACUUUAACUAUCUCCACACCAAUUGCUUUGAGAUCACAUUGGAAUUAAGCUGCAAGAAGUUCCCUCCAAAAGAAGAGUUGCAGCGUGAAUGGCUGGCUAACCGUGAGGCCCUAAUCCAAUUCUUGGAAGAGGUUCACCAGGGUAUCAAAGGAAUGGUGCGUGAUGAGAAUUAUAACAAUCUGGCAGGGGCUGUCAUUUCUGUCGAUGGGAUUAAGCACGAUGUCACUUCAGGUGAUCAUGGCGAUUACUUCCGGUUAUUGCUUCCUGGCACCUACUCUGUCACUGCCACAGCACCUGGCUUUGACCCAGAGACAGUGACUGUGACUGUCGGUCCUGCAAAACCCAAACUGGUUGACUUCCAUCUCAAGAGACGCGUCCUUCCAACAAACCUUCCGAAAAGGGCUCCCAACAAGGGGCAUGGAGGCAGAGUCUUACCGAAGAAAGAAAGAUGGAAAAAGGAAGUGGAGAAAAAGCAGCCCCAGCGAGUCCUUGCCUGA